AUGUGCUUUAUCGUCUCCAUUCUUCACUCAGCUACCAUCAUGAACUUGUAUAGGCCCCUGGUCGGACAAUCUCUGUCUACCCCCACCGAUCCAAGUAGCGAAUGCAUAAGUGCGGCGCGGAGCUGCAUUCAGGCUGCAGAGCUGAUCCGCGAGCGGGUGCCUCCCUCCCAUCACCUGGCCUUCUGCGUGCAGUAUCUCACCAUCUCCGGCAUUCUAUUGUGGACUAUGGAGGACCCACAGACAGAAAAGCCAUCUUACCAUCUGACCGACGUCUAUCAAGCCCUACAAUCUCUGAUUGAGUUGGAGUGCGUCUGGCCCUGCGCUAGCCGUGGCCGUGCAAUUCUGGAGCGUCUUUUGCAGCAUCCCCGGGGGGACGCGAGCUCUUAUCUGCCCUCUUUGCCCGUACUCGACGGACUUUGGGAUCCCUUUCCAUCUACUGACACAGAUAUGGCUUUUGGUGGCCUCUAA